AUGCGAGCUUUUAACCUCGUCGUAUCUCGAGUUCCUUUCUCUCCAGAAGAGAUAGAAGCAGCCUACUGCAGGCUCUUCGCUGAGAACCUGAUCGGACCAGCUCAAGAAUGGUUCUCAACGCUGGACGAAAACUCAAUCGAUAAUUUCGACCAGCUCCAAUCAGCCUUCCUAAAACAGUAUUCGAUCUUCAUCGAAUCUAAAAUUACGGAAGCAGACCUUUGGAGACUUUCUCAAGGUCCAAAGGAAUCACUUCGAUCUUACAUUGACAGAUUCAAAUCAGUCAAAGCUAAGAUCACAAACCCUAAUGAGGCAGUAGCUCUACUUGCCCUCAAAAACAACUUGUGGUACGAAUCGAAAUUUAGAGAAGAACUAACUGUUCGACCUACAAUUUCACUAGAUGACGCAUUACAUCGCGCAUCAGCAUUCGCAACUCUCGAGGAAGACACAGCUCUCCUCAGAGAAAAAUACCUCAAAGGGGAGCUCGCAUAUGCUCCACCAGGUGCUAAGAAAACUGCACCAGCUAAACCACCUUCGCAGAGUAAAGGACAACAUUCCUACUCUAUCGAAACUUCAGCUCCCAUAAAGAGCUCGGAGGAAGAAGAGAAACACUGCGAUAUUCACAAUACAAACGGCCAUUCCACAGAGGAAUGCCGUGCUAAAGGCAAAAAGUCUAGCAAAAAGAAGGGAAAAAGCAAAACAGCUGAAACCGCGGUUAAGGCCGAAAAGCCAAAACCCAAACCAGCUAAAGACUCCGACAACGCACCUCAGAAAAGAGAACGCGAAGUCGAGGUCGAAGCCCCCGAUUCCCCUCCUUCUAACAGGAAAAGAAUCGACCUAAUCUUCGGAGAGCUCAGCCUUUGCGGCGGCUCAACGAGAUCCGUGGUCACCCCCCCACCCGCUCCUAGAAAGGCUACGAGCUCUAGCUCACACAGACCUCCUAGACUUGUCGGGGGGAUAGAGCAUUCUUACAGAAGCUCGCCUGUUACAUCACCUACCUCCAGACCCGAUACUAAGAGCAUUGCGAUCUCUUGCUUACGCAGACUUCACAAGCUCUCGGGGGGAGUAGAGCCACCUACCCCUAAACGAAUUGACUUCAUUUGCGGUGGCUCGAAGAUGUGCAAAGACUCGAUUAACUCGAUCAAAGCACAUCAGCGACGGGUCGAGUCAUCUGGACAACCACGUCCUCUAGACGGACCUGAUCACGAAAUCAAAUUUCGAGAAAGCGAAACACUCGCACUCGAUAAACCUCAUGACGAUGCACUCGUAAUCGAGCUCGCCGUAGCCGGAUUCGAGCUGACCAGAGUCAUGAUAGACACAGGAAGCUCUGUAGACGUGCUGUUCUACGAUGCUUUCAAGCGAAUGGGAUUCGAAAACUCCGCACUCAUAGGAGGCCGUACGCCCCUAACUGGGUUCGCAGGAGAAACGACCUAUUCCAUGGGAACUAUCCAGCUCCCAAUCAAAGCAGGUGGUAUAACGAAAACAGUUGACUUUGUGGUCGUAGAUCGCCCCGCGCCAUUCAAUGCCAUUCUCGGCAGGCCGUGGCUCUACACCAUGAAAGCAGUUGCAUCCACUUACCACCAAUGCGUCAAGUUCCCUACACCUUGGGGGACAAAAACAAUUCGCGGUUGCCAACGAGCUUCCCGAGAUUGCUAUAUGGGCAGCUACUUGCGAGCUGAAAAAUCGCCAGUUUGCAUCGACGAAACCGACCCCGAAAGGCGCGUUGGUAUCGGAAUCGAUCUCGCAAAACCUAUCCGUGACGAGCUGAUCGCCUUCCUAAAGGAAAACAUCAGCACAUUCGCAUGGUCCACCGCGGACAUGCCCGGGAUUGACACUAGGAUCACGUCUCACGAGCUGAACGUAGAUCCCACGUUCAAACCCAUGAAACAAAAACGUCGAAAACUCGGCCCAGAUCGGGCUAAAGCAGUAAACGACGAAGUAGACCGACUACUCAAGGUAGGCUCGAUCAGAGAGGUGAAAUACCCCGACUGGCUAGCUAAUCCUGUAGUUGUCAAAAAGAAAAACGGAAAGUGGAGAGUCUGUAUCGAUUUCACAGACCUUAAUAAAGCUUGUCCAAAAGACAGCUAUCCACUUCCUCAUAUAGAUCGCUUGGUCGAAGCUACGGCUGGUCACCAGCUCCUAUCCUUCAUGGAUGCGUUUUCUGGGUAUAAUCAAAUCAAGAUGAACCCAGAAGAUCAGGAGAAAACAGCUUUCAUAACAGACCGAGGUACUUACUGCUACAAAGUAAUGCCAUUCGGGCUAAAAAACGCGGGAGCUACAUAUCAGCGCCUCGUAAACAAAAUGUUUGCCGAUCAGCUCGGUAAAACAAUGGAGGUGUACAUAGACGAUAUGCUGGUCAAAUCCUCUAGGGAAACAGACCACGUCGCACAGCUCCGGGUAUGCUUCUCCAUACUUAACAAGUACGGCAUGAAGCUGAACCCGACUAAGUGUACAUUCGGAGUUCCGUCUGGCGAGUUCCUCGGUUACCUAGUAACUGAACGCGGAAUCGAGGCGAACCCGAAGCAAAUCUCUGCCCUCUUAGAUAUGCCUUCUCCAGAAAAUACUAGAGAAGUACAACGGUUAACCGGUCGAAUAGCAGCCCUUAAUAGGUUCAUUUCCCGGUCAACCGACAAGUGUCUUCCAUUUUACCAGCUCCUCCGAGGAAAUAAAAAAUUCCUCUGGGACGAAAAAUGCGAAGAAGCUUUCAAACAGCUCAAAACUUACCUCAGCGAACCUCCUAUACUGGCAAAACCAGUAGAAGGAGAACCGCUAUACCUUUACAUCGCGGUCUCGCCUGCAGCGGUCAGCGGGGUCUUAGUUCGUGAAGAGCUAAACGAACAAAGACCAAUCUUUUACGUAAGUAAAUCCCUGAUUGAUGCCGAGACUAGAUACCCAGCUAUGGAAAAACUUGCCUUAGCAAUAGUAAUGUCCGCUCGCAAGCUGCGACCUUACUUUCAAUCACACACAAUCGUGGUGAUGACCUCGCAACCAUUGCGAACUAUGCUACAUAGUCCAAGUCAAUCUGGACGACUAGCUAAAUGGGCUAUCGAGCUCAGCGAAUACGACAUCGAAUAUCGAACUAGAACCUGUGCUAAAGCCCUAGCUGAUUUCAUGAUCGAGCUGGCACCGGAAGCCAAUAACGAUACCACCCUCUCUAAAGUUUGGACACUCUUCGUAGAUGGAGCCUCGUCCAAACAAGGAGCUGGCGUCGGAAUCAAACUCACAUCUCCAACCGGAGAAGUGAUCGAACAAUCGUUCAGACUCGGAUUCGUCGCCUCUAACAAUGAGGCCGAAUACGAGGCACUCAUAGCCGGACUCCGACUCGCAAUCGGGAUCGGCGUGAAUGAGAUCAACGCAUUCAGCGACUCCCAGCUCGUUACUAGCCAAUACAGCGGCGAGUACGAAGCAAAAGAGGAGCGCAUGGAAGCUUAUCUCAAAGUAGUUCGAGAUUUAGCUGGACAAUUCAGUAAAUUCGAACUAACUAGGGUGCCUAGGGGAGAGAACACUUCGGCUGACGCCUUAGCUGCUCUCGCCUCCACUUCGGACCCAACUGUAAGACGUGUGAUCCCAGUCGAAGGCAUAGAUAAACCUAGCAUCGACAUCGCACUCAAGUCUGACAGUAUAAACGCAAUUACCUCGCGCCCGUCUACUCGUUCUCAAACUAGACAGUCCCAAGAUCCGGGACCAUCUAACCCGGAACCUGAUUCCGAGGAAGAAGAACCUGACCAAGAUAGGCAAAAAACAAGGUAUAUCGAUUCGGACUCUUCGCAAAAUACGCAAGAGUCCACGAUCCAUACCGUCCCAUCUGCUAUGGCGAACGAACUCACCUUAAAGGAAGAGUUCGCUGCGAGACCCGACUGGAGAACCCCUAUCAUGGAGUAUAUCCAGCUCGGAGCCGUCCCUAACGAAAAAUGGGCAUCUCGCAAGCUAAAAGCCCAAAGCGCACAUUACUGUAUAAUGGAAGAUAAGCUCUACAAGCGAAGCCUUAUCGAACCAUAUUAA